AUGGUAAGUAAUGAAAUUAUGAUGUUGAAGAGACUUGGUGAUGAGGUUAUUGGUAUAUGGAUUGUGAAAAGGAAAAUAUUGCUCCCCAAAAUUUCGCCAAUACUCAGUAAAACAAAACCCUACCUCCCAAAUCAGACCUCAGAUCCGCUCCUCUCUCACUCUCUUACUCUCCAAUCCCUUCUCACCCUCUCACUCAGACGACGCCAGCCUCCACCACACUCCCUUCGCACUCUCUCAGAUGUAGCUCCACCGCGAACCUCCUCCACCGCCACAUCCGCCGACCCCACCGCUGAUUGCUUCGUCGUUUCUUCCGAUCCGACGCCACCAUCGACGCUGCGCUGCCACCGCCUCUCCUGCGAAGACGCCGACGCUGCCACCGCCUCUGUCCCAGCCCUCGUCGUCCACUGCCGCGUGCAAGCAGAUUUCUCCAGCCCAGACGACACACUGCCGGUGCCAUCUUCUCCCCCCUAUCUGCAGAAAAAGUAUACUUCAAAAACUGAUCUGAGUAAGUUUGAUGGUAUUGAGGAAGGUGGCAUUAGGGCUUCAUUAUCAUACUCUUCUCAUGAGAUUGAUGAACAUGAGAAUGAAAAAGCACUGGAAGGACUGCAAGAUAGAGUCAAUUUGCUGAAAAGAGUUAGUUGAGAUGCUGGAUGGUUAAGAAAGAAAAUGAAAUUGAUAGGAUGAAGAAAGAAAAUGACAGCAUGCAGAUUGAGCUCAGUCUGUUAACCGUACCAGCUGCAGGAAGAUCAUUGGAGCAAUCUCAACAUGUCAAUUCAGUUGUCAAUGAGACUGUAAUUCAAAUACAACAAACUCAACCUGAGCUUGAAGACUCGGUUGCAUGGUACGAGGCUGCCGGUGGUCUCAAGAAAGGAGGAUCAGUUUUUGGAUUCGGAUCAGAUUCCCAGCACUACUUCCCGGAGGCUGCGAAACAAAAGAACUCAAAAUCUGGAGAACCAUCUACAGAUUCAGCUCGUGAUGAACAACUUAUGCAAUUAAAGGAAGAGAAUAAGUAUAUCUUGGAGAAAGUUCAAAUGCUCGAAGCUCAACUUGCUGCACUUAGAGGUAUAAAUCUGCCAUCGUUCCAAUCUUCUCCUAAUUUGCAUGGGGCCGGUAGUCAUGAAAGCAGUGGUGUUGGGUUAGAUGACAUCGGAUUGAAUGAUGAUACACAAUUUCCUUUGCAAGAGGAAUAGAUCAAAGAUUCUAACCUUUUUUUGUGAUGCUACUUGUUAUUAUAAAUGUAUGAAGACUUUGAUCUGUAAAGUAGCAUUUAGAAUCUAAAACUAGUAUUUUGAAGGUGAAUAUUAGAAUCAAAACAUUGUAUAACUAAAUUUGCUAUUUGAAUGUAUAAUUUUUGUAGCGA